AUGGCCGCCGAAGCUCAAAUUGCUCUUCAAAUGCAACGCAUCGACACGAUGCGCAAUAUGUCCAACCGCUUGACUGACGCUGUACUCGCUACCCAAGGUGCUGCCGCCAUUGACGCUGAACUCGCUAUCCUGACCGAGUUGUGGAACCGCUUCAAUUCGACUCACGAGAGGCUAUACGAAGACGUACCUGAGAUCAUUACCAACGAAUAUCAUACAGGUAACGCUUAUGAAACCGCUAACGUUGCUUAUACCUCUCUUAGAGUGAGACUCAGCGCUGCUAGACCCGCUCCAGAACCUGCUCAUGAAGUUCAGCCCGCUAAUCACGAUCAGACCGCUUACUUUGGUGGAGUGCAUAAAUCUAACCUGCCACAAAUCAAGCUGCCAACUUUCCAAGGGUCGUAUGACGAGUGGGACUCGUUCAAGGACUUGUUCACGUCUCUCGUCAUUAAUGAAGAUUCGCUAACUGGGUCUCAGAAGAUGCAUUACCUGAAGACGCAGGUAAAAGGUGAGGCCGCUGCAUUACUCGCUAAUCUCCAGAUCACAGAUGACGCUUUCCAACCCGCUUGGGAGUUGCUGAAUACUCGCUACACAAAUCCACGUCGAUUGCUCGAUAUGCAUAUCGAUGAUUUGCUGGAUCGCCAACCGCUAACUUCACACUCUGCUGCUGAUUUGGACGCACUGUUACUCGCUAACAAAAAAUCGCUGGACGCUAUCGCUGCAUUGGGAAUUCCAAUUGGUGAGUUGGACCCCUUUUUAAUUCGUUUGACUGUUCGCUGCUUGCCUUCAGAUCUGAGGGUGGAAUGGAUGGCUUCGCUUGGGUUAUCCAAUGAGUUUCCCACUUACCAACAGCUGCACGAUAUGCUCAAGGCCAAGGUUCGUGCGUGGGAAAACUCAGAGAUUGGCGCUAAAAUAACCUCAACGCAAGUUAAGAGUACCAGUGAGAGACCACUAUCACCAAAGUCUUACGCUAAGUCAGCCGCUACAACCAAACAAGUUAAGUUUGGGAGCAGUAAAUCCGCUACUCCUGCUAGAUCAACGCCAUCUACAUCCACCGGUUCCGCUAGCUACGUCGCUUUCACUCCCAAGGAGCGUACGAGUGAACCGGGCAUGUGCCCAAUCUGCAGGGAGAAGCACUUCGUUCUAUUUUGCCCCAGCUACCAGAAGGCGUCGCCACUGAACCGAAGGACGAUUGUUCAGCAUUACCGCUUAUGCUUUAACUGUUUGGGACGCCAUCGCUACGCUGACUGCAGGACUAAGCAGAAGUGCCGCCAUUGUGAUCAGCCACAUCACACGUCGACUCAUCUUGACGAUGGUGCUGCCGCUAAACCAGCACAGGACGCUCCUGUAGCUGACCCAGCUCAUUCGCUCAAUGUUUUACUCGCUACCGCUAUUGUUAAGUUGAAUUCGCUAACAGGAAGUACAUGUACAGCCCGUGUACUUAUUGAUCAAGGAUCGGAGUUAUCCUUUGUGACGCAUUCGCUAAUCAAGAAGCUGGAUAUUCAACUCAGUAAAGCAGCUGUACCAUUACGUGGAAUUGGUAAUGUGUCAGCUGGGCAUUCGCUUGGGUCAUGCAAGAUGACGCUGCAUUCGCUACACAACAACGCUUCUAUUACCAUCCAAGCUCAUGUGCUUGCUCUAUUGACGGUAAACUUACCGUCAUUUACGCUAACUAAGAAGAAGAAAUGGCCGCAUAUAACUGGGCUACAACUCGCUGAUCCAGACUUCUUGACAUCAAGACCUAUUGACAUCAUUCUGGGUGCAGCACCAGCUGCACAUAUAAUCAACGCUAAAAUACGAAAAGGAAGUGAAAAUGACCCAAUCGCUCAGUCAACAUCACUUGGUUGGAUCAUAUAUGGAUCUGUGGACACCGCUACAUCAACAUUGACCGCUCAUGGUCAUCAUGUCGCUGUAUUAUCUAAAUACGAUGAUAAAAAUUCCGAAUUGCUAAAAGUGUACAGUUUUUGGGAAUUAUAG